GCCUCGUCUAAAGCUUCAUAAGCGGCUUGUCUUACGCAGACCUCCUCAGUUGGGCAACGUAUCUCGUCCAAGCCCUCCGAUUUCUCGCACAGCAAGCGAUCAACCUCAAAAUGAGGUCAAGGAGAAAGCUGUCACAAAGCCAGAGCAUGAUGCCAAUCCUUCCCCCAAAAGGGAACUAGAAUGUCAAGACACAUUGCUGGCAAACGAGGAGAAACGAGUCCAAUCGACCUCAGACGAUCUGGAAAACGCACAAAAGAAGGUCACCGAAGCCGCAACAAAAAACCCAGAGAUCCAGAGAAUAGAGUUUGCUCUCGAGGAAGAUGGCGAAGCUGAGGACUCUGAAGAGGAAGAUUCAGUGUCUAUGGAGAUUAGACAGGAAUUAUUUUCUCUAGUCAAGUCGUUCCCUGGACUGUCUAACAAAUACAAGCUAAUAGACAAGAUUGGUGAGGGAACGUUCUCCACCGUUUACAAAGCAUACGACCUACAGCGCAUAUCUGAAACCAGCAUGGGAAAGGCGGUUUGGAGUUCCCCACCAAAGAGUCGUACGAAUGAGUCCACGCAAUCAUCUGACGUCCCAAUUGUUGCAUUGAAAAGAAUUUAUGUCACGUCUUCCCCUUCGAGAAUAUACAAUGAGCUUCAGCUUUUGCAUAGUCUAGUGGGAUGCCCGAAUGUGGCUCCUCUAAUAGAUGCUGUUCGCUAUGAAGAUCAAGUCAUUGCCGUGUUGCCCUUUUAUAAGCACGCAGAUUUCCGCGAUUUCUACAGAGACUUACCUCUGUCUGGAAUAAAGAUAUACAUGCACGAGCUUUUUACUGCCCUGAGUUUUGUGCACGAAAAAAGAAUCAUUCAUAGAGAUAUCAAGCCUACCAACUUUCUAUAUAACCCGUUGACCAGGCGAGGAGUUUUGGUCGACUUUGGGCUUGCCGAAAAAGAAGCAGAAAUUGAUUACGCAGCUUGUCCUUGUUUCCAAGGAGGGCCGGCAGCAGAUGAGAUUGCGCCUAUGAAUGCAUUUCCUACCAAAGGAUACCCGAAAGAUGACCGCAGGCCAGGAAGGCGUGCCAAUCGAGCAGGAACUCGUGGAUUCAGAGCACCUGAGGUGCUGUUGAAGUGUGCAAAUCAAACUGUCAAGGUUGACAUAUGGUCUGCCGGGGUCAUGUUGCUCACACUUCUAUCGCGAAGGUUCCCAUUUUUCAACUCUACAGAUGACACCGCUGCCCUCAUCGAAAUAACGAAUAUAUUUGGGCUUUCUCAGAUGCGCAAAUGCGCCCAGCUGCAUGGUUUAGGUCUGGAAAGUAACCUCCCCAAAAUCGAGUCGGCACAAUCGCUAGGUGCUUUGCUAUACACAUCGAUUUUUCUGGAAGCCAAACAGGGCGACACGCUAGCAGAGGACUCUCCUGCUUGGGAGCUCUUGUCCGCAUUGGAUAAGAAAGGACGUCCUUCCGACACUAAGCUUGGAAGUGACUAUGCUGAGGCCCUGGAAGUACUCGAACUAUGUCUAAGACUAAAUCACAACGAGAGGAUUACCGCAGAUGAUGCUCUGAAGCUCCCCUUUUUCCGGUCAGGGUCUAAUGACGUCGACGAUAUCAUUUUAGAUUAG